AUUAAUGCACUGCACAAUGUCUUUUUCCAAGCUUUCAUUGUUUUUAUUUUUCAUUCUAUGCAGUUUGUUUGAAACGCCAGCUUUUGCUGUCAAAAAGUCUUAUGUAGUGUACUUGGGAUCUCAUUCCCAUGCACCCGAUGCACAACUCUCUGAGGCUGAUCUUCAUGCAGUUACCAACUCUCAUCACCAGUUUCUCGGCUCCUUUCUUGGCAGUACCGAGGAGGCUAGACAUGCAAUUUUCUACUCUUACCAAAGGCAUAUCAACGGAUUUUCUGCUCUUCUUGAAGAGGAAGUGGCAGCUGAGAUUGCAAAGCACCCAAAAGUGGUAUCGGUCUUCUUGAACCAAGCAAGAAAGCUACACACAACACGCUCAUGGGAGUUUAUGCUGCUAGAAAAGAAUGGCGUGAUACAUCCUUCUUCCUUGUGGAAGAAAGCAAGAUUUGGUGAAGAUGUGAUUAUAGCUAAUCUUGACACUGGUGUGUGGCCCGAAUCAAAAAGUUUUAGCGAUGAAGGUUACGGACCCAUACCUUCAAGGUGGAAAGGGACAUGCCAGAAUGACACCACCUUCUCUUGUAACAGGAAGUUAAUUGGAGCUAGACACUUCAAUAAAGGGUUUUUAACUGCUCAUCAACUACCCCUCUCUCCCUUCUACAACACUACUCGUGACUAUAUAGGCCAUGGAACUCACACACUGUCAACAGCUGCCGGAAACUUUGUCCCUGGAACCACUGUGUUUAGUGUAGGAAAUGGAACUGCUAAAGGAGGUGCUCCCAAAGCUAGAGUCGCUACUUACAAGAUUUGUUGGCCUCCAGUACGGGAGCACAAAGGUGGAUGCUAUGAUUCUGAUAUUGUUGCAGCAUUUGAAGCUGCCAUACAUGACGGGGUUGAUGUCAUCUCGCUCUCUGUUGGUGGAGGUCCUAAGAAUUAUUUCAGUGAUGGGAUUGCAAUUGGUUCAUUCCAUGCUAUACAAAAAGGUAUUGUGGUAGUUUGCUCUGCAGGAAAUGAUGGACCUCAAAGUGGAACUGUCGCAAAUAUUGCCCCUUGGUUGUUUACUGUUGGAGCUAGCACCAUAGGCCGACAGUUCCCGAAUGUCGUUGAACUCGGAAACGGCCUCCGCCUUAAGGGUUCAAGCAUUUCUGAACCCUUGCCUGAAGAUAGAUUAUAUCCGCUUAUUAGUUCCUUACAGGCCAAGGCUGCUAAUGCAUCUGCUCUUGAUGCUGAGCAGUGUCUGGCAGGAAGCUUGGAUCCUGCCAAGGUGAAGGGCAAAAUCUUGGCUUGUCUGAGGGGAGGUAGUGACAGAAUGGAAAAAGGUCAGCAAGCUGCUCUGGCCGGUGCAGUUGGAUUUAUUCUUUCCAAUGAUAAAAGCUUUGGAGAUGAAAUCUCGCAGGAUCUCCAUAUGUUGCCUGCUUCACAUAUCAACUACAGAGAUGGCCUUGCUCUCUAUUCUUACAUCAAUAGCACCGAUGAUCCUGUAGCUUUUAUCACGCCUACCUCUGAAAUGCUUGCUGGGCCUGCUCCGUUCAUGGCUGACUUUUCCUCUGUUGGACCAAAUAUUAUUACACCUGAGAUCCUCAAGCCUGACGUUACUGCACCGGGGGUGAAUAUCAUAGCCGCCUUCUCUGAAGCAGCAAGCCCAUCUGAAUCUUACUUUGAUAAGCGUCGUACUGCUUUCAACCUUAAUUCUGGUACAUCUAUGUCCUGCCCCCACGUUGCUGGAGUUGUGGCCCUUCUCAAGACCCUCUACCCUUACUGGAGUCCUGCUGCAAUUAGAUCAGCAAUCAUGACAACUGCGAGAACGAGAGAUAAUACUAUUCAUCCAAUGCGUGAUGGAUAUUCUAAGAAGGCAACGCCAUUCCAUUAUGGAUCCGGACAUAUGAGACCAAACCGUGCCAUGAAUCCAGGACUGGUUUAUGACUUAUCUGUGAAUGAUUACUUGGACUUCCUUUGUGCUAUCGGCUACAACCAAACUUUGAUUCAUGCGUUCUCUGUUGGUCACAAAUGUCCUAAAUCGGCCAGCCUUUUGGAAUUCAACUACCCUUCAAUUGCAGUCCUUAAACUAUCAGGCUCGGUAACUGUGAGUAGGAAAUUGAAGAAUGUUGGUUCGCCAGGCAAAUAUGCAGUUCGUAUCAAAGAACCAUAUGGAAUUUCAGUCUCCGUAGAGCCAAGAGUCUUGACAUUUGACAAGAAUGGAGAAGAGAAGAGCUUUAAGGCCACUUUUACAGCUAAGUGGGAAGGUGCAGCUAAAGAAUACGAAUUUGGAGGUCUAAUAUGGACAGAUGGUCUCCACUAUGUUAGGAGUCCAAUUGUAGUUUCUGCGGCUUAGAUACGUAAUUGGUUGGGACAAUUUGAUAGAAGGUUGAUUUUUCAUUUUCUUUAGAGGUAGUUCUAGUUUUUUUGAAGAGGGUAGUUCUAGUUAGGUUCUCUUUUGUUUUUUCAUUUCUUGAUACAAACAGUGGUUUAAGUCAGAUCGUUAUGUUAUGAUAGGCACUUCAAAGUAAUUAGACUAGAAGGAAAUACCAUAUUACGCA